GCGUAACGCUGCCCCCAACCCUGGUGCAGUAGCGCAGCGCAAUAUGUACGAUGUACUGUGGAAAUCAGGAAGGGAAGGAGCAUAAUCUUCAUCUUGUUUCCUCCUCCAGGGCUGGUGGAGAUCAUUUGGUACAUGGCCUUUCCAAGCUUCGUAUUCGCGACCUCCCGGGACUGUGCACCGACUUCUUCUGCUGGCUCACCACUUCUGCAGCUACUUACUUCUGCAGCCACCCUCGAGCCAGGUCGCAGCAGCCCACACCAUGGCGUGCAUGGGCAUGCGCAUGCCGCGCGGGAUACGAGUACGGACAAGGCCAAACAACGGGCCAGCAGGGUGCCAUGGUCACGGCUCGCAGCUCCAGGUUGCUGGCUCGACGUUGCAGACACUCUUCAGCCUUCCAAUGCUGGUCCCAAUCCCACGGUCCUCCCGUGUGCUGUGAGGACUCGGCAGCUGCACGCGACUACUUGUAUGCCCGUCCCAUCACCAGUUGUCGUUGUUCAGAGACAAUACUAUACCGAACAGUACGGAGCCGGGAGGACACUGCGAUAUAUCAGCCCAAGUCAAGAAAGUUGGUCAAUUCCUGGCUUUCCAACAAGGUUGCACUUGCGUUUCGCACAUUCGUCGGCCAUCAUGACGAGUACACGCCGGGCGUCGCCAGCCUGCGCCGCUUGCCGUCUCGCCUCUUCUUGUGAGGUCACCAUUCCUCCGUACCGAAGAACGUCUCUUGCCGCCGACGGCAAAAUGCUGACAUCCAUCGACCGGCACAAGAACCCAUGAUUUACCGGGCACGCAACCGGCUGCUCCCGCAGUCGACGGUAUCCGAGUAUGACGGUUAUGCCUCGUUGGUUCGUAGUAGCGAAGGUGGUCAAGCGGCUGUAUUUGUACCUGAAGGGCCCACACAAACGCCAUCUACGCGAUAAGCAUCUUUGACCUCAAUCUUCGGGCGAGCGACAUUCGUUGCGGAGCUUCCAUGAGGCAUCGAGAAGGAAUUUCGAAGCCCAUAGAAGCCGCCAUUCUCCCCGCCAUCUCACAGCGCAGCACAGCCGGCGCCUUGGCAACGCUCGACCUUCCCCCGGCCAGUCUUCGUGUGCUUGCUUUU